CUCCCCCACCCCCCCCAAAGAUCAUAAGCUCUCAAUACCCGCUGCUACCUUCGUUGCACUUGAACGCUUUUGCUUUUUCCACCAAAAAAAGAAGAGAAAGCAAAGAAAUAAAAGGAAAAGAGGAGAUAAAAAAAAAGGAGAGAAUUAUUCCCCAUUUUUAUACCACUCAUCACCCUCACAUUCCCUUUGAAUCCCUCUCCAUGGCUUCUUUCCUCUCCUCUCUCCUCCUCCUCCUCCUCUUUCUCUUCCCUUUGUUUGCUGACUCCCUCAACCAGACGUCUGUCUUGCUCUCCCUUAAACAAUCUUUCUCCUCCUCAAACUCCUCCACUCUCCAAACUUGGAACCCAUCGAAGCCUCUUUGCUCGUGGGCUGGUGUUAGCUGUGACGAAAACAAAACCCACAUUCUCAAACUGGACAUCUCAAACUCAAACAUCUCAGGCCCCGUUCCUCCUUCCUUCUCUGGUCUCAUCACCAAAAUCUCAACCCUUGUUCACCUCAACAUAUCAAACAACCAGUUCAACGGCACAUUGGAUUGGAACUUCACCUCCUUGGUUGAGUUACAAGUGUUUGAUGCUUACAACAACAAUUUCUUUGGCUCACUCCCCCUCGGCGUGACUCACCUCCCAAAGCUCCGGCACCUGGACCUCGGCGGGAAUUACUUCUCUGGAUCAAUUCCGGCGAGCUACAGCGAGUUCAGGGAGCUGAGUUACCUGUCACUUGCAGGAAACAGCCUUGGAGGUUUUAUACCUCCUCAGCUCGGAAACGUUACGAGUCUGAAACAGCUGUAUCUGGGCUACUUCAAUAGCUUUAAUGGAAGGAUCCCGACCGAGCUAGGAAAUUUGAUCAAUUUACUUCAUCUUGAUCUCUCAAACUGCGGCCUUGAGGGCGAGAUCCCUCGCGAACUGGGCAAUCUCAAGAACCUAGACACUCUCUAUUUACAAACCAACCAGCUCAUCGGCACCAUCCCUCCAGAGUUAGGGAACCUGAGCAGCCUGAAAAUCCUCGACCUCUCGAACAAUGCAUUGACAGGGGAAAUCCCACGUGAGUUCUCCCAGCUACGGGAACUCAACUUCCUGUAUCUCUUCAUCAAUCGUUUUCACGGUGAGAUUCCGGGGUUUGUAGCUGAAUUGCCUUAUUUAGAAGGGCUGAAGCUUUCGGCCAAAAUGAGGAUGGUUGCGCACUGGCCUCUGUCCUGAUCCUGAGCUCGGAAAGGUAAGGAGUGCUAGUUGGUAGCUUUGAGUGUUUCUUGAAUCGGUUUUUUAUCUAAAUUAAUUUGUUUCUUUAUGUCGACGAACAAGCUCACUGGAUUGAUACCGAAAAAUUUGUGCUCGGCAAAGAGAUUGGAGAUACUGAUACUCUUCAAUAACUUUUUGUUUGGUCCGUUACCAGAUGAACUUGGAAUAUGUUCUACUCUUUUGAGGGUUCGAAUGGGUCAGAAUUACUUGACUGGCUCGAUCCCUCGUGGGUUUCUCUACUUGCCGGAACUGGAGUUACUUGAGUUACAAAACAAUUAUAUUACAGGAGCGAUCGCCGAAGAGACUGCGAGGAGGCCGGAGAAGCUAAGCCAGCUGAACUUAUCCAAUAAUAGACUGUUCGGGCCAAUUCCGAAAUCUAUUGGAAACUUCUCGGCUCUGCAGAGCCUAUUACUCGAUGGAAAUCAGUUCACCGGAGAAAUCCCGCAUCAAUUAGGCCUAUUGAAGCAUACACAAAAGAUUGAUAUGAGCAAGAACAAUUUCUCUGGUACGAUCCCUGCGCAAAUUGGUGAGUGUUUCUUGUUGACGUACUUGGAUUUGAGCAGAAACCAGCUUGUUGGCCCGAUUCCAGGUGAGAUAUCGAGAAUUCGUGUUCUGAAUUACCUGAAUGUUUCGUGGAAUCGACUGAGUCAGAGUAUUCCUAGAGAAAUUGGCAUGAUGAAGAGCCUAACUUCUGCUGAUUUCUCUCAUAACAAUCUCUCUGGUAAAAUUCCUGAAACCGGACAGUUCUCCUACUUCAAUGCCUCAUCAUUUCUCUCCAAUCCUUUGCUCUGUGGAUACAUUUCAAAACCCUGCAGCAUUUCCUCAACUCUCCAAUCUCCAAACACGAAAUCCCAACUCCCGUUCAAAUUCAAACUCGUUUUAUCGCUAACCCUAUUGAUCUUUUCCAUCAUCUUCGCAUUCACUGCGAUCAUCAAAACCCGUUCUGUGCUACGGAGGAACUCAAGAUUCUGGAAACUAACAGCAUUCCAGAAACUAGAAUUCAAUAGCCAAGACAUCCUCCAAUGCCUUCAAGAAAAUUCUAUCAUAGGCAAAGGCGGAGCAGGGAUCGUGUACAAAGGCACAAUGCCAAACGGCGAACAAAUCGCGAUCAAGAAACUGCUUGCGAUAUCCAAAGGAUCGUCUCACGACAACGGUUUCGCGGCGGAGGUUCAAACACUAGGCAAAAUCAGGCAUCGAAACAUCGUUAGGCUCAUCGCGGUUUGCUCGAAUAGGGAAACUAAGCUACUAGUAUAUGAGUUUAUGGAUAAUGGGAGCUUAGGAGAGGUGUUACAUGGGAAAAGAGGAGGGUAUUUGAAUUGGAAUAUGAGGUUGAGGAUUGCGUUAGAGGCCGCAAGGGGGCUGUGUUAUCUGCAUCAUGACUGUUGUCCUCCCAUACUUCACAGAGAUGUGAAGGCCAAUAAUAUACUUUUGGAUGUGGAGUUUGAAGCUCAUGUUGCUGAUUUUGGGCUCGCUAAGUUCUUGAGGGAUACCGGAGCUUCAGAGUGCAUGUCCGCUAUUGCUGGGUCUUAUGGAUAUAUUGCUCCAGAGUAUGCGUACACUCUGAAGGUGGACGAAAAGAGCGACGUCUACAGCUUCGGCGUGGUUCUUCUAGAGUUGAUUACCGGGAAGAAACCCGUUGGCGAUUUCGGGGAAGACGGGCUGGAUAUCGUGCAAUGGUCGAAGAUGAACACGAAUUGGAGCAAGGAAGGGGUUGUGAAGAUCUUGGACUGUCGUCUCACCAACGUGCCCCUGGAAGAGGCGAUGCAAAUGUUUUUCGUCGCGAUGUUGUGCGUCCAAGAGCGCAGCGUUGAGAGGCCCACGAUGAGGGAGGUGGUUCAAAUGCUCGAGCAAGCGAAGCAGUCGCUUGGUUUUCGAACGAGAUGAGAUGAUCUUUUCAUUUGUUUUUGGAGUAGGGGUCUGAGGGCGUUUAAUUUGUUAUUUUACAUGUGGGUAUGUUUGGUUUUGGGGGAGGUGUUUUUUUUUUCUUUUCCUUUUUGGUGAUGGUUAGAAUAUUUUGCUAGCUUUGUCGCUCAUAAGUACGUAUGUAUCGAUGUAGAAGUUCUCUUGGUAAAAUGCUUGUCAAGAGAAAUUGUUUGGACGUCCCUCCUCUA